AUGUCGGAGAAAAAGGCCCAUAUUAAGCGUCUCUGGAUUCAGCGACUUCGACAUGUGAGAGCAAAUUUGGUUGUAAAAGACCACACACGAGUUUGCAGUGUUCAUUUUGAGGGAACAUUUACUGAGGAAUCGAUUCCCACAAUUUUUCCAAGUAAACCCAAAAAGGAAACAAAAUCCCGAAGACCUCUUGUAAGAAAAAUUGAAAAUUCAUUUCAAAAUGAUGGUUCAGGGCAAAGUGAUACUGAAAAUCCACAAGAUAAUCCUGUGUCAAUGUACAAUGAUGUUGCAAUACAAACUGACCUCAAAUAUUUUUAUUCAAAAGAUGCGUACACAAAUACAGAAGAGCAUUGUGUACAUGUUUCAACUGCAACCCAGACGACUGGCAGCCCUUUGUCUACUGUUAAUGCUGAAGUUCAGGCAGAUUUGCCUAGGAUGACAUAUGAAGAUAUGAAAGAUGACGAUUCUAAAACAAGAUUUUAUACAGGUUUUGCAACUUUUCAAAUUUUUUGGAUGUUUUUUGCAGUGCUGAGGCAGAAACAUGGUGCAGAGAAACUCAAUUACUGGGAGGGAGAGACAAGGUCCAUGGGUGAGAAGUCGUAUCAUGAACCAGGGGUUAAAAAGCCUGGCAGAAAACGUUCCUUGAGACCAGUGGAUGAAUUCUUGAUGGCACAGUGGAUGACGUGGUCCGAAUACAAACAUUCAAACACUUUUAAAAUAUUGAUUGGUGUGUCACCAAGUGGUAUGGUAACCUUUGUGUCAAGACUGUGGGGUGGGAAUGUGUCAGACAGACACAUUACUCAGCACGAUGGAUUUCUUCCAAAACUGUCACCAGGUGAUGUUGUAAUGGCAGAUAAAGGUUUCACAAUAGAAGAUUUGUUACCAGCUGAUGUUGGAUUGAAUGUUCCACCACGAGUAUCAAGUACAUGCCAGAUGUCAAAACAUGAUUUCUUUAAAACAAAUAGAAUAGCUUCAGCCAGAAUAGUAGUUGAAAUGAAGAUGGAACAGAUCAAAAACUACAAUAUUGUGAACUCAGUUUUACCAAUUUCAGAAGUGCACUUAUCAGAACAAAUUAUAGUUAUCUGUACAUCUUUAACUAACUUAUUGCCUCCACUUCUGAAGUGA